AUGGAAACAUUCAUAUUAAACGAAGUAACAGAAGAGUCACGUAAUGUUCUCAACCAGCUUUGGGACAAACUAUCCGAUGAUAGUUUUAGGCUAAGAAGAUCAGAUUGUUACGACGACGAGGAGCUUUGGUCGUUCCCACGGAACUCCCAUGGUCCGGCUCAAACAUCUUCAGUCAAAAUUUCCAUCCGUGUGUAUAAUGAACACAUGGUAGAUGCGGCCAUCAAACUUCAAAAGAGAUAUGGCGGCCGUGUUGUGGUUUUGAGCAAUGCCGAUUUCAGGGCCCUUGACGGGGACUGGGGGAGGAUGACAAUCGCACAGGAAGAGGAUAUUUGUCGCCGAACCUCAUUGCUCAUGUCUAUGGUUUACAAAUCACCCUCCUCUAAGAUUUGGGCUUUGAAUUCAUGUGAAGGGGCGGGCAUUUACGUUCCCGAGGUUGUCGUCUUCCGCAAGUAUCGUGGUUCUGAUAAACUAUUUGAGUCAGAUACUGAACCUGAAGAUCUCCCUACUGUGAGCGUAAUCAGAAUCAGCGCUCUAAAAGACUUCAAAGUCGAUAAAGAGAAGCUCAUCAUCACCGAUGGAGUAAGCAAGGUGACAGUGGAGAAACAGCUAUACGGCAAUACAGAGGACAGGGAACGGAUGAAGACGAAAAUGAGGCUCUCUUUGCGAAUAGCGGCAGUUAAAGGUCACCGCUUGCUCGUCCUAGGAGCGUUUGGCUGCGGUACAUUUGGCAAUCCUAGCGAUGAUGUUGCGGAAUGUUGGUUGGAAGUGCUGCGGGAAGAUGAGUUUCGGGGAGGUUGGUGGAAGGCGAUUUGGUUUGCGGUAUUUGAUCCUAAUGGAGAUGGAGAUUUUGAGAUAUUUCGGGACGUCCUUCACGGUGCACAGGUCUGA